AUGCCUUCGGGAAGUGGUGCUUGCCCGGGAAAGAUUCCGGAGGAAGACAACAUAUUCAGGGCCGUCACAGCGACUCUCGCGUUUGACAUCUCGAAGCCAAUGGACUCUCAGGGUCGUCCGAUCGAACCUGACAUAACGUUCACCAGCAUCAUAGCGCAUGCGCCUCCAUUCCUCUGCAAGGUCACACCAGGCUUCUCGAAUCUAGAGGCAUUGAUCGCGCAGUUGAGUUAG